AUGGGUCUCGCAUACUUGAUUUUUGCCCUGCUGCUUCUUUCUGCGACCGGUGGUCACGCUGUGAUUCCCAUUAAGGAUGUGGAAAAGCAUGCAGCUCGUCCUUUCGUCGAGAACCGAUACAUUGUUGAACUAGAAACGAUUUCUAUUGACGGCUUCCAGCCGAAAACUGCGCACAAACGAUUCUACGAUUCUCUAGAGUCGCGUGAGGUGACAUUCGAUGUCAGUAAGGAGUUUGACUCUCCUGGAAUAUUUAUUGGGGUUUCGUUGACCCUCAAGGAUCCUGAUGUGCAGUAA